AUGUCAGCUAAGAUCCGAGCCUUAGAGGUUAAUGCCACUUGGAUUCUUGAGCCUCUUCCUCCUAGUAAGAAACCCAUUGGAUGUAAAUGGAUUUUCAAAACUAAACUCGAAACUGACGGUUCCGUUGAGACGUACAAAUCUUGGCUAGUUGCCAAAGUUUACAUUCAGGUUGAAGGCCUUGACUAUCAUGAAACCUUUGUUCCAGUUGCUAAAAUGACCACUGUUCGCUGCUUACUGACUGCCACAAAAAUUGGGUCAUCCAUUAACUUGAUGUCAAUAAUGCUUUUCUGCACGGUGAUCUUAAUGAAGAGGUCUACAUGA